UCACAGGGACACACCACGGACCAAUUUCCACUGAACCGGAUUGUAUUACCUUUUUUUUUCGCUUUUUGCCGGGGUGACUCCCUCCAGGCUUCAGAAAAGCUAAAUUUCGGUCACCCUAAGACGCGCCGACCUUCCCAGCCAAAGGAUUCAGUACCCAAGUGCAAACUGGCCAAAGUCCAGCAGUAGCAGGGCACUGGAACAGGGAGCUGUCCGUGGUGCUGAAUUCCACAGCCAACAGAGAUCUCCAUUGCACACUCAUGCGCUUGGGCCACUCCUGAUAGCUUCCGAUCCUAGCAGCAACUGACCACCACCUCUACAUCCAAAAUGGACGACGAUGGACGCUACCGAGACGGCCGCACAGACUUCAUCCGUGGCGCCAAGGAUAUCGCCAAAGUGGCGAAAAAGCAGGUAGGCAAGAAAGUGGGGCGCAGCGUGGACAAGAUGGCCGAUGAGUACACCAAGCGCUCCUACAAGCGGUUUGAGGAGGAAGACGAUGACGACGACUACGCCGGCGUGCCCAGUAAUGAUGGUGGCUACUACCGCAACGACAGCCGGGCCAAUGACGAUGAGGGCCACAGCGACUCCACCGAAGGACAUGAUGAAGAUGAUGAGAUCUAUGAAGGUGAAUACCAGGGCAUUCCAAGGGCUGAUUCGGGCAAGGCUGGCGGCAUGGAUGGCGUGACAGCCGCCCAGGCGCAGCAGUUCAGGGAUCUGUCCGCCUACGAAGGUGAGAGGCGGAAGGACCAAGAGGAGUUGGCCCAGCAGUACGAGACCAUCCUGCAGGAGUGCGGCCAUGGAAAGUUCCAGUGGACGCUCUACUUUGUGCUGGGGUUGGCGCUGAUGGCGGACGGUGUGGAGAUCUUCGUGGUGGGUUUCGUGCUGCCCAGCGCCGAGAAGGACAUGUGUCUGUCUGAGCCCAACAAGGGCAUGCUGGGUCUGAUCGUGUAUUUGGGAAUGAUGGUCGGGGCCUUCGUGUGGGGUGGCCUGGCUGACCGGAUUGGCCGACGGCAGACGCUCCUCAUCUCUCUCUCCAUCAACAGUGUCUUCGCCUUCUUCUCCUCCUUCGUCCAGGGCUACAGCUCCUUCCUCUUCUGCCGCCUGGCCUCUGGUGUGGGUAUUGGCGGCUCCAUCCCUAUCGUGUUCUCCUAUUACUCUGAGUUCCUGGCCCAGGAGAAGCGAGGAGAGCAUCUGAGCUGGCUGUGCAUGUUCUGGAUGAUCGGCGGCAUCUACGCCUCGGCCAUGGCCUGGGCCAUCAUCCCACACUACGGCUGGAGUUUCCAGAUGGGUUCGGCCUACCAGUUCCACAGCUGGCGUGUCUUUGUGCUGGUGUGUGCCUUCCCCUCGGUGGCGGCCAUCUCUGCCCUCACCACCAUGCCCGAGAGCCCCCGCUUCUACCUGGAGAACGGGAAACAUGAUGAGGCAUGGAUGAUUCUGAAGCAGGUCCAUGACACCAACAUGAGGGCCAAGGGCUACCCAGAGAGAGUCUUCUCUGUGACCACCAUUAAAACGGUGAAACAGAUGGACGAGCUGGUGGACAUGGGCGACAGCGCCGCCUGGCACCAGAAAUGGAGAAUGAAGCUUACAUCACUUUUCCAUCAGGUGUGGAGUAACUUCCAGACUGUUUUCUCCCCUGAGUAUCGUCGCACCACCUACAUGAUGAUGGCUGUGUGGUUCUCUAUGUCCUUCAGCUACUAUGGCCUGACAGUUUGGUUCCCGGACAUGAUCAAGUACCUGCAGAAGCAGGAGUAUGCCUCGCGCACCAAGGUCUUCAUCAAAGAGGAGGUAGAACAUGUCACCUUCAACUUCACCCUGGAGAACCAGGUCCACCGCCAGGGCAAGUACUUCAAUGACAAGUUUGUGAACUUGAAAAUGAAGUCUAUGGUGUUUGAGGACUCCUUGUUUGAGGAGUGCUACUUCGAGGAUAUCACCUCCAGCAACACCUUUUUCAAGAACUGCACCUUCAUUGCCACCCUCUUCUACAACACAGAUCUCUUCAAGUACAGGUUGAUCAACAGCCGGCUCAUCAACAGCACCUUCCUGCACAACAAGGAGGGCUGUCUGCUCAGUGACGUCAGCGAUGAUAAUAAUGCCUAUAUGGUCUACUUCGUCAGCUUCCUGGGCACCUUGGCCGUGUUGCCCGGCAACAUCGUCUCAGCGCUGCUCAUGGACAAGAUUGGACGGCUGAGGAUGCUCGCGGGCUCCAGUGUGAUUUCUUGCAUCAGCUGUUUCUUCCUGUCCUUUGGUAACAGCGAGUCGGCCAUGAUUGCUCUGCUCUGCCUGUUCGGGGGCAUCAGCAUCGCCUCCUGGAACGCCCUGGAUGUGCUGACCGUCGAGCUCUAUCCCUCUGACAAGAGAACCACAGCAUUUGGCUUCCUCAACGCCCUCUGUAAGCUGGCGGCCGUGUUGGGCAUCAGCAUCUUCACCUCCUUCGUCGGCAUCACCAAGGCCGUGCCCAUCCUCUUCGCCUCGGGGGCGCUGGCAGCAGGCAGCUUCCUCGCCCUGAAACUACCGGAGACGCGGGGCCAGGUGCUGCAAUAGUGUGGCGCCGACAUCAAGGGGCGGAAGAGUUAGCCACACUGUGAACAAGCAGCCCAAGAGCCCUCGAAAUCCUACCCUCUAACCCCUCCCCCUGUAAAAAUAGUCAAGUUUGUUCACAUAACCCAAAGCAGAAGUGCUGCACAGAUCUGCUUAGCUGUAAAUAUUGUGGAGUGUCUAAUGUUUGGGAUUAGCGAUUAUCCAAUUGAUACCUUCAUGCUAUCAAGAUCAGUGGAGCUAUGAAGCACCAGAGAAUGCCUGAAUAAGCCUUGAGCCUAUUGAGCCAAAUUAUCGAUGCUUGCUCAAAAUUGGUGCCAUUGUAAACAUGAGGCAACCUUAAUGUUGAUGUGUUCAGUGAGUGUGUUCUUUCAUUUCCCUGGAAUGCAUAGAAAGUGAAAAAUGAAAGUGAAUCUACAUGCGGUUCCCCCAGUAUGAAUACGUAAGCCUGGGGUUGGAGGUCAGGGGAUGGGGGCUCUUGAUAAUGAGCCAUGCAAAUAGACUCAUAGAAAUGACCACUAGCCAUUCGCUUCAGAGUUCUCUGUAGUCACCUCCAUUCUCCUGAGCAAUUCAACUCACCUCUGAAGUCUUCAGUACAUUGCCAUUGUUGGACAUGAAUCAAAAAUGCAACAUCUUAUGCCUUGAUUUGACGCAUUUUUGACUUUAUGGGGUAAAACCAAGACACCACUCUCUUGGCUUUCUCAUUAACCAAGGCCUGUCGUCAUUCUGUAUCUCCUGAGGUCUUGUGUUGGUGUACAGACUAACUGCCAUUUUAUAGAUUAUAGAACAUUCCAGGUUUGCUUUCAUUAUUGUUUGAAUGUGACAAAGUGAUCUAUUGAGCCCUUUUUCCCUUUAAAUCAUUGUUUUCGAAACGCAUCUAAACAGUCAUGAGGUCAUUUAAAUCUGUGGAAGUCUCCCUUGACGGACGAUGCUGACAUGACGUGCUGCCCCGUUCGCCAUCUCGUCACAAAGGUGAAGCGCAGUUUGUUCACGCUAAAUUUUACAUUCAAAGCACAACCAUUUCCCAGUGUGGACGUCCCUCACAUUUUCUUGUCUCGAUGAAAAUGCCGAGAGUCUCACACUGUUCAAUCAACAUUUCUGAAUCAUGUGUCCCUUUGUAAGAAAUGCCUUUUUAGCACCCGUCCUCCCAGACUUGCAGUAUGUUUUUUCUCUUAUAAAUUGUGUUUUGGAGAGUGUUAUGCAUGUCACAAAGUACGUUUGUAAAUUUAUGAAAAUUGAGAGUACAACAUGUAAAACAGCAUUUUGAUGUGUUGCAUUUCCAUAUCAGGUGGUGGCCCGUAUUCGAUUGAAAUUUCAGACCCACAGAGGACAGCAUACUGCCUUUAAUCUGCUGUUGUUGGCAACAACACCUGGACAUUAACAAACCUUUCCACAUUCUUAAAGCACAUGCCUCAAAAAUAUUCCUACAUAAACUUGCAUCACUCACUUAUUCAUGUGUGGAAGAAAAACAACCAAUCAAUAGGGAAAAGAGAGAUAAAAUGUCUAAAAGUGUGAUACAUUUCCUUUGAUGGGUAUAUAUAUAUAUAUAUAUUUUUUUUUUUUGUUUUGGUGGUUUCAAAUCAGGCACAAAUUCUUUAAGAGAUGACAGAUGAACUUAAACCCUAAUCCAUUUUUUUUUUUUGUGUGUGUGCGUGUGUGUAAAUUGAAUGUUUAUAUCAACGUGAGUGUACUUCUUAGUUAGUGCAAUAUUGAACCUCUAUGUGCAAUAUUGAGAUUUUAUGUUGUUUUCACCAUUUCACAUUCAGCACAGGCUAAUUUGUUGAAUGAUGCUGGGUAGCUGUCUUAUUUGGAUAAGUGGUGUGGUUAUACAUGUUUAAGAUGCUUUAUCGAUCCAACGGCCAAGACAGUCUGAAAGAUUAGAGCCUGGCCACGACAGAAUAAUUAUUAAACCUGUUUAUGGAAGAUAUUGCACCCAAAACAGAAAUAGCUGGGGACUGUGGGGGGUUGUUCUAUUUUAUUUUCCUUAUUUGUGGUGUCUGUUUCCUCGGGGCAUAGCACACACUGAACCGUGAGGAUUAUCGCAGUUGGAAAAGAUCUUUCUGCUAAUGAGAGUAUGAAUUUGGGUUGAACUGGGAGCUGGGGCUUGAAUUUACUUUAAUUUCAUCAUACAAAUAUGGCCACAUAUAUAAAAUAUCACACAGAAGAUCCAUGGUGGGGAAUACACUCCCAAGGGCUGACUAAAAUAUCCCACACUGAUAACAGCACAGAGUGACAGUGACAAUUAUUUCCAAAUUCACCUAAUAUAGAAGAUUGACCAAUAGUGAUAUGUUCACAAUUGCAUGUUUAAAAAUAAACAGCAUCCUCUCACAUGCCACAGAUUUAAGAAAAAAAUAUAUUUUCGUCCAAACUGCCAUUUUGUAGGAUAGCAGCCAUAUGUACGUAGACUCAAGACAGUUAUAAAUAGACAAACCCACUGCACUAAGUGUACACUGUUGUACAUGCACAAUUACGAUUGCCUUGUGUUCCUUCAAGACACAUCCCGAUGCAGCCUUGCUAGAGAUUUGACGAGGAGCAAGGUGAGCGUUUAGCAAGAGCACAAAGACCAAAUGCUACCAAAUGACAAGAUUGUGAAUAUGCAUGCAGUUGUGAACAUAGGAGCUUCGAGCGUUACCGUGACCUUCUGCAAACACAGAUGAUCUGCCCCGUACAUUUCACGCCCCGUAAUCUGACCCAAAACUGGACAUCCAUGGUCACGUGACCUGUUAUCAAUGAGUGUGCCAUGAGUACCAUCUCUCAUUAAUUAUUGCCAAAUAUUUUGUAUGGCCUAAGUUUACACAUUACACCAUCAAAUCUAUGUUAUAGAUAUGAAUAUAUGUAAAUAAAAUGAACUAUAAUGUAACUAAUAUCAUAGCUCCGUGUGCCCUUUGACCCCUUGGAAAAGCUAUAAUGCAGUCAGUCUCUGUGGAUCGACUUAGGAAGCCUCAUGGCUGGCAAGUCAGAGAACAAAUUUGCCCAGAUCUCCUCUCAAAAGCACAUUUAUAGCAUAGAAAUAAAAAGUAACUGUGCAAAUAAUAAUCAUUUAAAAAAAAAAAAAAAAAAAAAAAAAAAAACAAAGCCUCAGCAGUACAGCAUGUUCCUAAUCUGUCACUCCAUGUCUUUUCUCUCUGUACGUUGUCCUGUAUCAUCCACAAAAUUAUAAACAACGAUGUCAAGAUACUUGUUGUAUAGUUCGACAUGGAAUGCUGUGAAAACGCGAAAUCUAUCUGUCUAAUCUCAGUGACUCAGUUCAGGCUCUGUUCAAGUCAAGAUUGUCUCUCGUAGAUACAUAUCUUCGCUUCUGUUACAGGGUUAUUUUGUAUAAUUAACUUGUUGCCUGAGCAACAGUCAAUUGUGAGUGCAAAAAGUUAACAAAGCAAUAAGUAUUUGGGUAUUUGUCUCUUUUUCUCUCCCUUAAAGCCCUCAUUGGGAAUUGGAGCACAUUAUAUGCUGGCCUUGUCUACUGAUAUGCUGAGUGUUGGCUUAACGAAACAGGACUGAACAGCUGACAUUCAUGUGUUCUCUCUAAAAUCCACCCUAAGUCUUGAGGCUUUUGUCGAUAAGAUUGCAUUGCCAUUAAUUAAACAUAACAAAAUUUAUCACAUUCGUCAUUGUACUGUGCUGUAGAAAAUGUAGUUGUUUGUUUGUAAGUAUAGAAACUGUUUGUGGAACCAUAAAUAUAAAAAAAAAGUUAUAAAAAAAAGAAGACGUGUAAA